AAGUGGUCACCCAAAAUUUGAAAACUAAAUCUACUUCUUCCGCAUUCUUUCGUUGUAAUAAAUUUUACCAUCAAGGCAUCAACAUUACCCCCACUUUUAUUGUCUUGCUCAUUGCAAGAAAAUAAGAGAGAGAAAUUGGGGGAGAAGCAGAUAUCCCUCUUCAAGCUUCGCCAUAACUGAAAAGCUUUAUCCUUCACAAAUCACAAAUAGAAAUUAUAAGAGGAAGAAACACCCAGAUCUUUUCAAGAUUUUUUUUUUGUUUCAAAAACCCACCUAUUUUCUCUCUCUCUAUAUAUCACUGAAAGAAACCCUUAAACUGGAGUUUCAAUUUGAUACCCAGAAAUGAUUUUAAAGUUUUAAGCAACAAAGCUUUGCAAUUGUUUGAUUUUGAAAGUUAAAUUGAAUUGGGGAUAAGUUAGAAAAUGGAGGGAAGAAGAAUAUCAGCGAGUCCUCGACCUUGUAGUGUUCGACGAGUAGUAGCGAAGAAGCGACCUCGUAGAGGCGUUGAUGGGUUUGUAAACAGUGUUAGAAAACUUCAAAGGAGAGAGAUUUGUUCUACAAGGGAUCGUGCUUUUAGUAUGAGUGAUGCUCAAGAACGAUUUCGUAAUAUUCGAUUGCAGGAAGAAUAUGAUACACAUGAUCCAAAAGGACAUUGCCCAACAAUAUUGCCUUUCCUUAGGAAGAGAUCGAAAAUUAUAGAAAUUGUAGCAGCACAUGACAUCGUUUUUGCUCUUGCACAGUCUGGUAUCUGCGCUGCAUUUAGUCGAGAAACCAACCAGAGAAUAUGCUUUCUGAAUGUCAGUCCAGAUGAAGUCAUACGAAGUUUAUUCUACAACAAAAAUAAUGAUUCCCUUAUCACAGUUUCUGUAUACGCUUCUGAUAAUUUUAGUUCUUUGAAGUGCAGAACAACAAGGAUUGAAUACAUAAAGAGAGGAAAACCAGAUGCUGGGUUUGCUCUUUUUGAGUCCGAGUCACUGAAGUGGCCUGGUUUUGUAGAGUUUGAUGAUGUAAAUGGGAAGGUUCUCACAUAUUCAGCUCAGGACAGUGUUUACAAGGUAUUUGAUUUGAAGAACUAUACGAUGCUGUAUUCUAUAUCUGACAAAAAUGUUCAAGAAAUUAAGAUCAGCCCUGGGAUCAUGCUACUGAUAUUUACCAAAGGUACCGGCCAUGUACCACUUAAAAUACUUUCUAUUGAAGAUGGUACUGUUCUGAAAUCAUUCAAUCACCUUAUCCAUCGGAAUAAAAAGGUGGACUUCAUUGAACAAUUCAAUGAAAAGCUUCUUGUCAAGCAAGAAAAUGAGAAUCUUCAGAUUCUUGAUGUUCGCAACUCGGAGUUAACAGAAGUCAGUAAAACUGAUUUUAUGACUCCAUCUGCAUUUAUUUUUCUCUAUGAGAACCAAUUAUUCUUGACUUUUAGGAACAGAACAGUUGCUGUUUGGAACUUCCGUGGUGAGCUAGUCACUUCUUUUGAGGAUCAUCUCUUGUGGCAUCCUGACUGCAACACAAACAACAUAUAUAUCACUAGUGAUCAAGAUCUAAUAAUUUCGUAUUGCAAAGCUGAUUCUGAUGAUCCCGUGUCCGAAGGAAAUGCUGGUUCUAUCAAUGUGAGUAACAUCUUGACAGGAAAAUGCUUAGCAAAAAUCAGAGCAGAUAACUGCUCAGUUUUGGAAGAUGAUUGCAGUUGCAGCAGCAGUAGUGGUAGCUCUUCAAAGAAGCGAAUCAAAGCUGCUAGAAUCAGAAGCACGCCUGCAGAAGCUUUAGAAGACAUCACAGCCCUUUUUUACGAUGAAGAGCGCAAUGAGAUAUAUACCGGAAACAGGCACGGCCUUGUUCAUGUAUGGUCCAACUAAGUGUUGUAUCUUCCCUUAGCCUUCUAAUUUGGAAGGCUGUUCAUUGUAAUCAAUAUCGCCUUGGACUUGUAUUGAUAAAAACUUGUUUUUCUGAUUUGAUUUUCGAGUGGCUUUCCCUUCCGACCCGACUAAUGUAGUUGUAAGUAACUAAUUGGUAUGUUUUAUAAAAUGAAGUUCAAGCAAUACAACUUA